AUGAGCUAUGCUGGAGACGAAGAGCGCACUGCUGCGACCGGAGAACAGAUCCGACCGCCGGUGCAGGAGGGCCGCGAUGCGGAGCUUGCACGUUUGCAACUGCAGAUUUCGCAAUUGGCGGUCCUGGUGGAGGAGUCGGUGAAGAAGGAGCCUGGCAGUGUCGUGCGGAUGCAGCCAGUAGGGGCGGCUGGGUUGCCGCCCCCGAAGGCCAGCAAGAGCCCCUGCAGCCGCAUGGCGGAGGAGGGGGAUUUCUUCAGCCGCAAGCGAGAGAUGGUGGGCAAGGACCACGUCAGCUGCUGGAAGGCGGCUGGGCCAGCAGAUCGGGAGCGAAUCCCGCGAGACCAGUCGGAGUGGACCCGGGCAGAGGACCGGACAAUGGGGAAGCGAGGGGGGCCGGACGGCCAAUUGAUCGGCAACAACGAGAGACAUGCAUCUGUCGGCAACCUAAACGUGCCAAUCUCGGAGCUGUACCGCCUCCAAUACACCAGCGACGAGGUCCAGAAGGGCCUCCAAGCGUUCCAUUUUGUGACCAUUGCCAUAGUCAGAGAAGCCGACAAGGCGAUCGUAAACAAAUGCGAGAACGCAAAAGAGAUCCUCGCGGAAGUCGACAAAAUCUACGAUCCGGCAUCGCAGGGCUCCAAUCAAGCCCUCAUGAAUAAAAUGUUCAACUUCACGAUCCCCACACACAGCAGCAGAAUCCCCAUCGAGCACCUAUUCUCGCUCGAGCUGCUGCACUCACGCCUGUGCGAAAAAGGGCUCAACGCUGACGCACCCUUCGUACUCGCCCACUUCGUUGGAUCCCUCCCACCCGGGUACCAACAAGCGAAGUUCCUGUUGGAGACAGCAACGGCGCCGGAUAGAGCCGAGAUCGUCAGAAUCGUGAGCACGGUGCACGCGAGCCUCCCGGAGGAGAGCAAGGCCUCGAAGCGCCAGCGGAGGGNCAUGGGGCCGGACGGCCAAUUGAUCGGCAACAACGAGAGACAUGCAUCUGUCGGCAACCUAAACGUGCCAAUCUCGGAGCUGUACCGCCUCCAAUACACCAGCGACGAGGUCCAGAAGGGCCUCCAAGCGUUCCAUUUUGUGACCAUUGCCAUAGUCAGAGAAGCCGACAAGGCGAUCGUAAACAAAUGCGAGAACGCAAAAGAGAUCCUCGCGGAAGUCGACAAAAUCUACGAUCCGGCAUCGCAGGGCUCCAAUCAAGCCCUCAUGAAUAAAAUGUUCAACUUCACGAUCCCCACACACAGCAGCAGAAUCCCCAUCGAGCACCUAUUCUCGCUCGAGCUGCUGCACUCACGCCUGUGCGAAAAAGGGCUCAACGCUGACGCACCCUUCGUACUCGCCCACUUCGUUGGAUCCCUCCCACCCGGGUACCAACAAGCGAAGUUCCUGUUGGAGACAGCAACGGCGCCGGAUAGAGCCGAGAUCGUCAGAAUCGUGAGCACGGUGCACGCGAGCCUCCCGGAGGAGAGCAAGGCCUCGAAGCGCCAGCGGAGGGUGGAGCAUGCUCUCCUCGCGAGCAACGGUAGCGGUGGGGGAGGAGCGCCGAGCCGCGGCAACGGCGGCCGCCGCAAGGGCGGCGGCGGCGGCGGCGGCGGCGGCGGCGGCGGCGGCAACCAGAAGGGGAGAGGGGGUGCUGGUGUCGGCGGUGGAGGCGGCGACGACGAUGAGGGUAGCAUGCGCGGUCGCUGUUGCCGACGCGGCAAGAAGGGCCACCAGUUGGCCCACUGCACCGAGAGCACGCCCGUGCGAUGUGAGACAUGCAAGGGCUACGGGCACGACAAGAGCAAGUACCUGACCGAGGAGGCGGUGCUCGUGGUGGACGUGCCGGCGGGGGGGGCGUCUGUGGACGCCACAGCACUGGACGUGGCAGAAGAGGCGCUGGUGGUCGGUGACAUCUCAGGCGAGUGUCACGGAGUCGUUGUUCGAGGAGGUGUAGUUCAGGCUAGGCGGGGGAGAAANACCGAACAUGCCUAUGCCGCAAUUGCUCCUGGCAACGUGAAAGCGUCCAACGCCCCCGUUGACAUCAACGAUUUCCACUGCGCGCACCGCCACUCCCACGAGGUGCUGCUGAGGACCACGGCGAAGCAGCAAGGGACGACGCUGGUGGGCGAGCUCCGGGAGUGCCUGGGGUGCUCGACGGCGAAGGGGCUUUCCAAGCCCAUCCCCAACAAAACGUCGACCCGAGCAGUUAAGAAACUGCAGCGAGUUUUCGUGGAUUUGAGUGGAAAAGCUAGGGUGCAGAGCUUGGGGGGAAAGUGGUACACUCUCAUUGUCAAGGAUGAUUACACAAGGUGGAACCGUGUCUAUUUCCUGAAGCACAAAUCAGACGCAGCUGAGGCAUUCGAGAGAUACCUUGCCGAAAACCGGGCAAACGGUGCCCCGUCCGAUGUCAUGGUCGUGAGAUCUGACAACGGAGGAGAGUUCUUUGAGGGAGAGUUCGGCAGGGUGUGCCGGAAGUACUGCAUCAAACAGGAGUUCACCCCCGCGCACAGCCCAGAAUACAACGGUGUAGCUGAGAGAGCACUGGGUCUGAUCAAGGAUGCAGCACUAGCCGCCCGUAUCCAAGCGCCAACUCUUUACCCCGGAGCACCGAACUACCCAUCCCUUUGGGCCGAGGCCAUAGCUUGGUCAUGCAACGCCCUGAACUGCACCUCCACCACAUCCAACCCAGAGAAGAAGUCGCCGUACGAGAUGUGGCACGGGCACCCUCCCCCGCCGGGGGCGACGUACCCGUUCCUCAAACCUGCCGUAUACAAGGUCAAGCGCACACACAAGUCCGAGCCAAAAGCCCAAAAGUGUUUUUACCUCGGCCCGGGAAUCAACACCAACCGUGAUUGCGUGCGCAUCCUCAACGAAAAACGCCGAGCGAUCACAACUCGCAACUUCACCUGGCAAUCCGUGCCCGCCGCCCCCGCCGCCCUGCCCCAGUCGCUGCCUCCCAUCGCAGAGGAGGAAGAGGAAUUCGCGACUGAGGAGGACGAGGUUGGGGAGGGCGCGUCGAACCAAGGUGGAGGGAGGGCGGAGAGAGAACCUGUGGAUGGAGGACCAGGUUUCAACCUUGGCACGACGGCAGCCCCAGGGCCCGCGGGGCCGCCCGCGCGCGCAGCGCCGGCGGCACCGCCGGCCGCGCCCCAGGAGUCGGGCGCGGGCGACGCUGGCGAUGGCGCCCCCUCGAGCAGGGAGAGCGCGAGCAUAGCCCCAUCUACCACGUCGACCGGCACGGCCGAUGUGGGCGGCGGCGAGGACGACCGCCGCAGCAGCAGCAGCCGCGGUAGCGGCGGCAGCGGCGGCAGCGGCGGCGACAGCAGUAGCCGCGGUAGCGGCGGCAGUGGCAGCGACAGCAGCAACGGUGGCAGCAGCGUCGACGACGACGGCAGCGACAGCAGACGUGGCAGCGACAGCGAGACGGAUCUCCCGGCGCUCUGUGGGCCAGAGGCCCGGCGGCUCGCCCGCUUCGACAAGCCGGCGGAACUCACCAGCCGCCGCACUAGGGAGAACCCUCGCCGAAAUCCGAGGUACGAGUCGCCCCCGUCGCCGCCCACAUCGGCCCCGUCGCCGACAAGUGCCGAAGCCCUGCUCGCCUCGGUGGCGAGCCUGCCCGACAGCAGCACGGAGGAGUUCACCCGCUGGAUGCUCUCGGCAGUACUUCACGUGGCGGAGGGGCUAGAGGCGAGGGUGGUGCGAGAGUUGCUGUCCGAGCGCGCGCAGGAGGCCCACGCUGCGCGCCAAGAGGCGGAGGAUUUCCUGCUGGGUACGGUGGACCUCAUGCUCAACUCGCCAGACGCCUUCGAGACGGCUCUGGCGUCCCACGAGCUAAGUGAAUCCCCCAUAGGCAAGCGUCCGAGUGAUGUAGAAGCCCCACCCAUGACUGUAGCCGGCGUUGCCAAGCCUGUGAGCUCAAAGUGGUGUUUUAGUUGGAAGACCAACAAGGAAGGGAAGAUAGGAAAGUUCAAUGCGCGUCUGGAUGCUAGGGGGUUUUCGAAAAUCCCGGACGUCGAUUAUUUCCAUUCGUCUUCCCGUUGCCCAUCAUCCGCAUCCAUUGAACUGAUGCUUGCGGUAGCGAACGAGAAGGGCAUGAACCUCAAUCACUGGGAUGUGAAGCAGGCGCAGUGGGGGUACCACGCUGCUGACACUCUCGUCGAGAACGGGUUCGAACAGUGCAAGGUGGACCCGUGUGAUUUCCGCAGGAUGGUAGAGGAAGUCGUGGUGAUGAUUACCGUGAUCUGCGUGGAUGACAUUUUGGUGGCUGGGUCUGACGAGGAUUGCGAGGAGUUGCUUGCUUCUCUCAACAAGAAAUUCCCCACCAAAGAUACGGAAGAGUGCGAAUGGUUUGACGGAUGUGCCAUUGAGAGGGAUAUAGAGGCUGGGACUCUUAAAAUCUCGCAAACCGCGUACAUCGACAGCAUGGUUGAACGCUUCGAUGUAAAAUCGACCCUUCGCAUUCCUGCUUCCCCUGGUGUCGACCUAGGGCCAAGGCGAGAUGACGAGAAGGGAGGGGAGUGGCCGGUGAGGGAGGCCAUCGGCAGCAUGAUGUGGGUGUCGACGUUCUCGCGUCCAGACGUCUCGUUCGCCGUGCGUGCGGUAGCGCGCCACGCCCACGNUUUCGUUGUUGACCCUUAG